CUUGUAUCCCUGUGACCAAGCAUUCCAGAAAAUCAAAAUCAAAAUCGAUCAAGAUCCCAACAAGAUUUCCCACACUUCCUUCCCAGCACGAAGCUGAGGUGUUGCUGAUUGUGUGGAUCAAGAUAUCGGAGUGAAAUAAUCGAGCAUGGGGUUCUUCGUGACCACUUUGAUUUUCGUUGUGGUUGGGAUCAUUGCGUCUCUCUGUACCAGAAUUUGCUGCAACCGAGGACCCUCUACUAAUUUGUUUCAUCUAACGUUGGUUAUUACAGCCACAGUCUGCUGUUGGAUGAUGUGGGCAAUUGUUUAUAUAGCACAAAUGAAACCCCUCAUAGUCCCCAUUCUAAGUGAAGGAGAAUGAAAUGCUUUCGAGAAGCAUAUAUAUCUUCAUUGGUUAGGUGCCGUUUGAAUUAUGGAUUACUUGAGAACAACAAAUUUUACGUCCAAUGCAUUAUUUUUAGGAAUUGUAUGGAAUGUUGGAGUGUGGACUUUGAGUUUGUUUGGUAUUGUUACGUCUACCUUACCCUUUACAAAGUGUAUUGUAUAAAACGCUCUUUCGUUUUAGAAAUUACUGUCACCGAAAGAGUGCUAAAUGUGAUUUAAUUGGAAUAAGUGGCAGAUUAGAAUACAUUUCUUG